UUUAUAAUUGUGCUAAAUUUGGCGAUCAACUUGCUAAUUAUUUGUAGUGUGAUAAUUCUGCAUGUUAGCUUUGAAUUCGCAUAAAAAUAAUUUUAAGAAAGAUGCACUUCUCCACACUUUUUCCGCCUCAGCGCGGCGCACGUAAGCCUUGCAGCCAACAAGUCAAGAUUUUUAUAAUUUUCCUCAUUGGUGGAUUAGCGACGACGAUGUGCCAUAUCGGGAAUGUGGCGGCCAGUACAAUAACAAAGUACACGGAAGCUCCAUUCGCAGCCAGCAAUGAAACAACUACACGCCUACCAACAAAAAUUAUGACCGAUUAUAGCAACAACAAUAGUUUGUGUGACAAAAAUGGUUUUAGUGUAGAAUUGCCGAAACCUUUGUUGUUAUUAGACAGCAGGAAGCAAUUUGCGAAUACAUCAGAUGUUGUAGCAUUGUCAGCAGCAGCGGGAAAACGUCAACAACGCGCUUACUCCAAUCGGCCGACGCUGAUGGAUGUCGCAUUGCAGGCAUCGGCGCGCGAGGGGCUCAAUGCUAUGACCGAAUUGUAUGGAAAAAUUGUGCCGAAUAUACUACGCAAUGGACACGUGCUUCAAGACAAUCAUCCAGCUGCACUGCUUUCCAAAUUUAGCGACUCCGUAAGUGAGACUCUGGAGCAGGAAAUGGCCGCUUUUGCAACCAUAUCGGCGACGAAAGCUUUUCGAAAUAACUACAAAUACUUCAAUGAGUUGGCACGUCAGGCGCACACCUGAAGAUUUCAUUGCGCCACACGGCACUGGAAGGACUUUGUCCGCC